AUGAAUACGAUCAGUGAUGAUGAUGAUAGCCCGCCCCAGCUGGUUGAUGUGACUGCUACUCCUGAGAAAUCUGAGGAACAACCCAAGACUCCAACAGACCAAAAUCUCCCUAGAGUCCCUAUAACUAUAGUAACAGGCUACCUCGGAGCAGGCAAGACUACGCUAUUAAACUAUAUCUUGAACGAAAGACAUGGCAAGAAAAUAGCAGUGAUUCUUAAUGAGUUUGGAGAUUCUGUCGAUAUUGAGAAGUCAAUGACUGUGAGCCAAGAAGGCCAGCAAGUAGAAGAAUGGCUUGAACUAGCCAAUGGCUGCAUUUGCUGCUCGGUAAGGGAUGCUGGGGUUCUGGCCAUUGAAUCUCUAAUGAACAGGAGGGGAACCUUUGAUUAUAUCCUACUCGAGACUACCGGGCUAGCUGAUCCUGGGAAUAUUGCUCCUCUAUUCUGGGUUGACGAUGGACUGGGCAGCUCCAUCUACCUUGACGGGAUUGUCACGCUGGUCGAUGCAAAGAAUAUCAAUAAACUAUUGGAUGAACCGUCCUGCGAAGAAGAAAAACAGGGUCUUCAUGGGGGAAGCAUGUUAACGACGGCCCAUUUACAAAUAUCACACGCAGAUGUGAUCAUUCUCAACAAGACUGAUCUAGUGCCAAAUGAGGAGCUUGUAAAGGUAAAGGACCGGAUUACCUCUAUUAAUGGCUUGGCUACAAUCCAUACAACGGACCAUAGCAAAAUAUCGAGCAUUGAGGGCACGGUUCUUGAGUUGCAUUCCUAUGACAAAUUAACAACGGUAGAUUUCUCAACCAAGGGUCAAAGUCAACUCGAUGCUAGCAUAUCUACACUUGCAUUCACUUUCUCAGAUAUAACAGAGGAUAGGGUUGCACAUAUUGACGAAUGGCUGCAAGCCGUGCUCUGGAAUCAAGAAUUCCCGAAACCCAAACAUAGCCCUGACGAGACUAUCACUGACUUCGAAAUCCAUCGACUCAAAGGUAUUCUUCGUUUAACCAAUGGGAAAACAAGAAUCAUCCAGGGUGUAAGAGAAGUGUUUGAAAUCACAGACGCAGAAGAUAGCCAGCCGUCAUCUCCACUGGGAUCUAAAAUUGUUCUUAUCGGACGCGGGCUUGGAUUAGAUAGCUCAGUGUGGCAGAAGAGCCUCCUUCCGUAUUUAGAAAAGUGA